AUGAAGGAUACGUCGCCACAGAUUGGUGCUUCACAUUCUGUUGGAACUACCGACUCCAGUAGCACAACGACAGUUGACUUUUUUGUUACAAAAUAUAAAGUCAACAUGCCUGCAGUGUGUUCAGCGUUCAACUGCACAAAUCGCAGCGAUAAAACAACAAAUAUUUCAUAUUAUAAAUUUCCUUUAAAAGAUAAGGAAAUUACAAAAAGAUGGCUUAUAAAUAUGAAGCGAGAAAACUGGUUUCCUACUACAGCCAGUUACCUCUGUUCAGCUCAUUUUGAAGAGAAAUAUAUGUACCACACAAAUGUCCAUAGACGCCUUUUGUCAAAACCAGUACCUACUAUCUUUAACUUUCCACCACAUUUACAAAAGCAAGAUAAAGUAUUACGACCACAACCCAGAAAGCGAUCUUUCGACAAUUUGCAAGAUAGUGCUAUUACAGUGACAUCAUCAGCACAAAUGCCUGUCGGACCCACAUCUGUUUCUGCUAACCACAAUUACUGUCUACCAAGCCCUAAGAAGUUGAAAACACAAUAUAACAAAGUACAAGCAGAGAAUGUGCGACUAAAGAAGCGGAUAAAGCAAAUGAAGCAACUUAGUUUACGACACAAAAGAAGAAUAGUGCAGUUACAGACUUUAGUUGCUGGUUUGAGAAGGAGGCUAUGUAGUUCAGUUUCUGAUAUGUUAAACAGUGAACAUGUAGUUGGUUUGUUGAAGGAGCUGUUGGAACUUCAGUGCAGUGCUAAAGUAUGCCAUUAUUCUCAGCAGAUAAGGAAAUUUGCCCUGACCCUACACUUUUAUUCUGCCAAGGCGUACAGCUACUUACGAAAAUUUGUGAAAUUACCCCACCCAAGAACGCUUCGACUUUGUUAUUGA